AUGGCUUCAGCAGAUGAAUCUAAUUCGCGGCCCAAGAGGCCAGCUGCGAUGACUAGACAGUCAUCCUCGCAAUCGCACAUCUCGCAGUCGCCGUCUGAGGGCCCUCAUCGCUCAGCUCAUCACAAGAGCCAGCGCCAUCAUGUUGUCGGUCAACGCGUACAGAGGAACACGUCUUUUGGCAAGAAUCUGAACAAGCUGAACAAAGCCGAGAAGCAGGCACAACAGGCGCUACAGGGUGCAGAAAACACAGGGCGACACCACCGUCGCUCACAGUCGGGCAAUUCAGUUUCGGCGCCCAGCAGCCCACAUACGCGUCCAGGUUUCAAGCGACAUGCGUCAUCUGGUGCCAUUGUGAGAGCAAACAAUCAGCAAGCCAACUUGCGCAGAAAUCACUCGAGCGGACAUCUGCCGCCGCGGCAAGGCCAUGCAAAACACGCGCUGAAGGGGUCAAAGAACGAAAACGCUGCUUCCAAGCGUGCGCUCGCGACCCCCACUCGAUCUCGGCAGAGUUCGCCGGAGCCGCACGCUGCGGUUCACUUUGAUAUGCCCAACGACGACGAGGAAGAAGAAGGCGGGUGGACCGAAGAGAGCGCGUCACAGUCACCUACGACUACCCGAUCGAACACGCGCUCCAACUCCGUCAUACUCGAGGCACAGCAUAGAGCGGCGGAGAUCAACAUGGAGAAGAACAGGGGAGAGCCAUCACAGCAGGCAGGAACAAUACGGGAGGCGCCCAGCCAGGCGACACAGACGCUCACCGAUCGCACGCGCAACAACACACAAACCAACGGCGGGAGCUCUUACCAACAUUCUCGGCCUCCAGAUGCUGACAUGAUCACUUCGCGACUCCUGCAGCGCAGCUCCUCGCGGAAUCUUGCUCCUCAAACAUCGUCGGUCGCGGCGACCGUCGUAUCAUCGUCCGAUCGCCACAAUUUACUCAGUCACACGGCUGGGUCCGUUGGUUCUACGCUUGUGGAGACGCCGGGACACAAUCUGGUAUCGCGUUUUAUGGACGGAGACGGCUCGGCUGGGACACCUCAUGACGGCGCAUAUAUGGCUGAGCAUGGUCUGAAGGAAGAUACCGAUGGGGGUGAACUCGACAAGAGUAAACGCAACAAGUCGAUGCCAAAUUUUAACGGCGGCGCAGACACGCCGUCCAAAACACCUCAGCGCUCCGGCACAACCACACCCACCAAUCUGCCCCCCUCGCGGACACAACAGAAACUCAUGCUCCAACGUGCGUCGUCCAACAUUGAACCGCAGAAGCUCGUACCCGUAACGCUGCCCCGCACGGGCGGUCCCACAUACCUUCAGUCUAGCAUCCAUUACAAUGGCAAUGGCGAAGGACGCUUGGAUCCCCGUCUACAGCAGCAGUUCAACCACGUCGCGGUCGAAUACAACGUGGUGCGAAGAUAUCGCAACCCGAUUGCAGACGCCCUUGCACGGAUAUACCAAACCCCCGGCAUGUCUCGCAAAACGCGCAUACCCAAGUCAUCGCACAGUGCAAACGGCUUCGCAACAGGUGCCAGCAGCCUGAGCACAAGUUUCAACGAAAGCAGCGUCGAAACAGAUGGGGCAAGCUCACGGAGAUCGCGAGUCAGUUUUGAGAACGAUGCAGGACGCGGCAAGACUAGUCGCGACGAGAACGACUUUGAAGCCGGAGGACAAAGUUUCGAGAGCGACCAGGCGCGUAGCCGAAACGAAGCGGAGGAGAUAUGCCGUCGCUUGUGGGAGAGCGCUGAAAUAGUCGAAGCCGAUUGA